GGUGUAUUUUGCAUUCACCAUGAGCUUGUCAGAAAAUUAUUGCUUCCACAAAAGGUGCCUGGGCCUGAGGCAGUGCAGGACUGCUAUAAAAGGCAGCCCAACUCUCUGCUCUCUCAUCCACUUCUCCUGCCUCCUUCUCCUGGGGAAUCAGGUGAACCUCUGUCCCAGAGACAUGUCCUGCUGUAACCCAUGCGUGCCCUGCCAGCCCUGUGGCCCAACCCCACUGGCCAACAGCUGCAAUGAGCCCUGUGUCAGGCAGUGCCAGAACUCCACCGUUGUCAUUGAGCCCUCCCCUGUGGUGGUGACCCUGCCUGGCCCCAUCCUCAGCUCCUUCCCUCAGAACACCGUUGUGGGCUCCUCCACCUCCGCUGCUGUUGGCAGCAUCCUCAGCUGUGAGGGAGUUCCCAUCAACUCUGGGGGCUUUGACCUCUCCUGCAUUACCAGCCGCUACUGUGGCAGCAGAUGCCGACCCUGCUAAAGACGCUGGCAACAUCCUCAGGCAGGAAACUCCGAAGACCUUUGAGCACGGUUCUUGAAAGGAGAUAAGUCUCAAUGACAUUGCAUUCAGAGCUUUAAUCUGUUGCUUACUUCUUCAACUCUCAUCUCUCAUUCUUUCCCCUGCUGAUUCUGUCUCCAAGGCCUGCCUAGUGGGGACAUGUUGGUCUCCUACCCUCUGCAGGUCAGGAAGACUGACACCCUGCCAGAGUUUCACUGCAUCCUUGGGGGUCCCCAUGGUGCUCCCCGUGAACCACCUCCAUUUCUUCUUGACACUCAUUAAAGUUGUACUGCAUCCAA